AUGUUGUCUAAGCUAGCCUAUCUUACUCUUCCCUUCUGUCUCAGCGCAGCAGCGCUGAGCACCCAGAAAUGCCCACCAGUCAAGGGCAUCCAAACCUACCAAACCACACCCCAAGAUGGCCAAGCAGACGGCCAAUUCACCUCUUGCGACAACUUCUUCGACAGUCCCAAGAUCCAGGGCAUCAAUGCUUCCUCCUACGACUGGUGGUACUUUGACGCCAUUGGCACCGACGGUGUGUCUUCUCUUGCCGUCGUCUUCUUCGUUGAGGCGAAUCGGUCUGGCUUCACCGUCACCGAAAACUUUACCAACAUGGACUUUAUCCAAAUCUCCGGCACCUUCCCCAACGGUACUGUCUUCAGUGACUUCCUGUUCGCCGACAAUGCGAUUGUGUCCACCAACGGCGAUGGUUCCAGCGGUCUGUGGAACAACACUGGUAUUUCAUGGGCUGGUAGCCCCGAUCUUCAGGACUACGUCCUGACCCUUGAUGCCGAGGACUUGGGAUACAAGGGAUCCUUCUCUAUGCACUCGAUCGCUCCGCCCCACUACCCUUGCAGCCCCAAACGAGGCAACGUCUCCCUGGAGGUACUCCCCGGAGUCGGCUGGGCCAAUGCUGUCCCUGAUGCCGAAACCACCGUUAAUGUGACCAUCUUCGGGUCCGAAUUGAGCUUCGUGGGAACGGGCUACCACGACAAGAACUGGGGCGUCACCGGCUUCAUGGACAACGUCGGCAGUUGGUACUGGGGCCACGCGCGCAUGGGCCCCUACUCACUCGUCUGGCUUGACGCGCUCGACCCGGCUUAUAAUGAAUAUGCCAGUGGCUACGUCGCCUAUCAGGGCCAGAUUCUGGUUGCAGAGUGUGAUAACAUGAAGGUUCGCCCCAUUGGUGAGAAUGCUACUUUCCCCCCUACUUCUGAGUCGCUUCUCCCCGACGGGUUCAAGAUCACGGUCGAUGUGCCUGGAUUGGGUCCUUUGGAGGCGCAGCUCACCCCUAACCUGGCUACUUUGACUAAGCCUGGCUAUGGUCGCUGGAUUGGUUCCGUCAAUGGUUGGGUUAAUGGUGUUACUUAUGAUACGGGUGUUUCUGGGUUUGAGAUGUUUGAUUUCUUUUAG